CCGAAUUGCAUUCAUCCAUAUAUAACCUCGACAAAUCGUCGCAAUGCUUCCAAGCAGAGGGAUUGCGCGCUCCCUCCCCUCACCGGGAGCCUGGACGCAGACGCAGAGCCGAUUGGUGAGCCUCUCGAGUCGAAAGUUGGGCCAUGGACGGCAAUUCGGCACCUCGUUGCGAAAGGUCAAUGGUGGACUGACGACGGCAUCGUCACCAUUCCGAACUCGAUAUGCAGCUGCCGCUCCAAUUGUCCUGGGAGGCGUCUCAUCGUCAAGAUCGCUCUCUCUGUGGGGUUGGGGUGGAAGCGGCAACAAGGACGCCUCUGCUGCCGAAGCCGCUGCCGCAACACCAGAGACAGCAAGCGUUGCUGCUCCCGCACCGGCGGAACAAGCCUCUACGGUAGUCUCUGCUGCUCCGACCGACGCCGCGGCUGCUGCAUCUGCGACUGAGCCCGCCGCCGUCGCCGCCUCCGAUGUCGACCUCUCCUCGAUUUCGGCGCUUAUCAACGGCCAGGACAUUCUCAACAUGCGCGAAGAGAUUGGCUACUUGCACGCCAUUGGCCUCGACUACGGCUGGGGAUUCACUUCCAUCAUGCAAUGGACGCUCGAGCACGUUCACGUCUGGUCAGGGCUGGGCUGGGGCGCCUCCAUCAUGGCCACGGCUGUCUUGCUGAGGGCCGUCAUGUUCUACCCCCAGAUCCAGAGUCUCAAGUUCAACGCCGUCAUGCAGAGGAUGAGAAAAGACCCGCGGUCCAACGAGGCCAUGAAGCUGGUCCAGCAAGGUUUCCAGGAGAGCGAUAUGGAGAUGCGUCAGCGUGGUCAGGUCCUGAACAAACUGCUACGGACCGAGUACGGCGUCAGCAACUGGGGCAUCUUGUGGUCUCUUGCGCAGAUCCCCUUUACGUUUGGUCUCUUCCGUAUCGUGAGCGGCAUGACGCACAUUCCCGUGCCUUCACUUGAAAAUGCCGGCUUCCUCUGGUUUGCCGACCUUGCCGCCACAGACCCCUACUUUAUCCUCCCCGCCACCGGUACCGCUCUGAUGAUGGGUGCCCUUCUGAUCAACGCAAAGCACACGCCCAAGCAGCAGAGAAAGAUGCUCAAGCCCAUGAUGUACAUCUUCGGCACCGUUGGCUUCAUCGGCACCACAUUCCUCUCCGCCGCCGUCAACCUCAUGACCGUCGCCCUCGGCGGCUCCACCCUCCUCACAGCCCUCAUCCUCAACAUCCCCUCCAUCCGCCGCUCCCUCGGCCUCCCCAACGGCCCCGUCGACGAAGCCGUCGCCCCUCAAAAGACCAUACAGUACGAGGCUCCCCGCACCGAGACCCCCGGCAUGGCCGGACUUAGGGAACGCCUCACCAGCAGCCUCGACGACAUGAAGAAGGGCGUCUCCGAGUCCGUGUCCAACUACACCGGCACGUACUCGGGCACAGAGCAGGAGAAGGCAGAGAGGAAGCGCCGAGAAUUGAUCCGCCAGCUAGAAACCACGCGGAAACAGCAAGAGCGCGAGCAAUUUGAGUUGAAAUACAAGGGCAAGAAAUAAAAAAAUUCAAGGGAACACAAAAUCCGGAACACAUAGAGGAUAUAUCACAGAGGGGAGAACGGCAGCAGUAGAGAUGCUACCUAUCAAAGGGGGGAAAGCCAAAGCAGAACGGAGCGUUUUAGGGAGCGUUUUCUUGUAUAACACACCCCUUUCUUCUCUUUUCUUAUCCAUGUACUACCUAAAGCCUACCGCUAGUGUAAAGUAAAUACCGUACGUAGAUGUAUACAACGAGAACAAAAAAAAAAGCGAGAGAGAAAGAAAAGGGAUGGAUGGGUGGAAACUCUGUACGACUGCAAGCAAAGUUGAGACAUUGUACAAUAAACAAAGGGGGCGAAAUUUCUGUUCAAAGCAAAUAGACAAGCAUUCAAAGGAAAAAAAGAAACACUCCUGACAAUACGAUCGAUUCUCAAAAGCAAAAAGCCUUGCUUGAGAGUAUAUAUAGAAAAAAGAAAUCUCUCGAGCUCAAG